AUGGAUCCUAUCUCGUUUUCUGAAGAAAUCCUAAUUGACAGAGAUGGAAAUAAAUACCAAAUCAAAGAUGUGGUAGGGAUGAGCUUUAAAAUUAGCUUUGAGGAACCCUCAAGGUUUGCGUUUGCUUUAAAGAAAGGUCAUGAAGGAAUCAGGAUCUUCUCGAGAUUUGCACUCUUAAUUGCAACUUUGCUGUUUGGGGUACCGCUUGAGCUUUAUAUGGCACAAUAUUCGAUAUUAGUAGUUUUACUCCUGCUGUUCGGGUUUUUCUUCAAAAUUGUCCCAAUUUAUUGGAGAAUCUAUAAGCAGUGUCACGAAAAAGGCUUCAAGGUGUUUUAUUUUGAAGACACUGUCGCUUUUGUCGCAUUUCAGAAGAAAAUCUGGUCCCAUCGCCAAGCAAGACACAUAGCUAAAAGAGGAUUUAUAUUUGGAGAGGGAAUGGAGCAGUUCAUGUAUACAUUCGUACCAUCAAUUCUAUACAAUUCAGACAGUCUACGAAGGUGGAUAGGAUUCGUCGGCCAAGUUAUAUAUCCAAUCGUCGUUAUCUUGAUUCCUAUGGUGUUUGGAACUACAUUUGUGCUGGCAAAAAUUCUGAAACAUUUCAUCAAGAGCAUGAGAAAAGACAUUUUUAUUAGGUUUCUCAUUUCCAACCUGGAUGAUAUUCUGGAAAUCAUAGAGAAACUUGCAAGGUCUAUUGGGCCAACUAAAUUGGUCAUUUUUAUUGUUGAGUAUGCAGCAGAUCUUUUGCUGCCAAUUAUUUUUGAGGUAUUCAGAUGGUUGAGAACUGAAUAUGUUUUAGUUAUUAUGCAGAUUGAUUAUUUUAGGGAAAGAUAUGUUAAAGUAUUUAAAACACUGACAAAAAUGUACAAAAAUGUGUCUUAAGCUUAUUACAGGUUUGGCUGCCGCCUAUUGUUAAUGCAGUCAUCAAGGAUCCCGCAAGGGAUUCACCCUCUUUGCUACGUCAACAGGAACUUCUUCGAGUUAGAUUACUCACAGGGCAAGUUGCAGCUCUUGACGGAUAUAAUUAAAUAUGUACUCAAGGAAUACACGGCGAAUCGAGUGAGAAGCGCUGAGACUCCAUGUUUAUUAUUUAUAGAAAUGUGUCAGUUUGGGUAGAAAAAUUGGGAUUUCAUAAAAAAGCUCAACCAUUCAUUAAGGGGUAUAAAAAAAUCGAUAACACUCUAAGUCCUGGAUUGUUGAAGAAAACAACAAAUCAGAUAUAUGAUAUUAAAGGCAACAUCGAGGAUGUGAAAGAGCAAAUUGAGCUGCAUAGAGAUGAUAAAAAGAAUAACUAA